UAAUCCCGACCUACGUACUGUCUCUAUGGAGGUUAUGUCGGUUAUAGGCAACACAGCCACUGUCAUUCAGCGAGAUACUGAUAUAUUCUAUGACACUGAAGUUUUGGCUGUCAUACAGCGCUUGAAAUCAAAAGAGAGUGGUCUGGUUACAUCGACAGUGUGGGGGUGGUGCGGGAAUAAAUGCCAUUGCGGGGAUCGCGAGGAGAAAAAGUUGAUAGAUCUUGCAAAAAGAUAUGGGACAAGUUUGGUGACUAUUCACCAACUUCAUGAACCCCAAGAACUGGUACACGCUCUUGGAGGAAAAUUGGCUAUACGACAGGGCACUCGACUGCAUUGGUCGUCAGAUAAUACUGCGAUGCACGUUGUACGAUCUGCUAGAGGUCUGAUCAUGAUAGACGAGGUUGACCUGAAUUUGAAAAGCUUAUGUUCAGGUUUCAGUUUUUGCCUAACGGUUCUGGACAAUAUUUAUGUGUGGUAUGGGCGUGGCUCAAGGGCUGAUGAGCGUAAAGCAGCUAUGGAAUAUGCCCAAAGGUUCGCCGCCAAAGGUUCCACAGUGAUCGAGCUUUCAGAAGGAGAAGGAGAUAAAAAGGACGAAAUGUUUUGGAUGAUACUAGGCGAUGGAGAUUAUGCUCAGGCUGAUUACUGGAAAUGGAGGUCUAGCUCACUUACAGAAGAAUGCAGAUGCUGGAAAGUGGACAUUGGGAACACCGAUAGUGUGAUUUGUCCAGUGCCUUCGCUAUCAAGCGAGAUUCUACCUCAGGAAGCGGUGUACAUCAUGGAUUGCAUUUGGGAAUUCUUCGUAUUGGUCGGAAGGGAGGCUCGUGCGAAGCGACAGGAUAUCAAGCUUGCUAUAAACACUGCAAUGGAUAUGUCGAGUCACAUUGCUGCAUCAAAACCUUUUACUCCCCCUAUUCAUGUUUUAGUUAUACCCACCCAGCUUCCUUUGGAUCUUCAAAUCGCUUUUCGUGAUAUCAGUGAAAAUACGCUGAACAGCAGUCAUGUUCCUGAUCACAUGAAUAUAUUGUCGACUACCGACGCCAUUGAACAUCUUUGCAGAUCGUCUUGGGAGAAAUCUGCCUUGAAAGAUCACACCAUGCUCCCUCUUGGCCUGGACUCAUUUCAUAUACCCGAUUAGCCUGAUAGUAUUUCAACAUAUAGUCUUGAAAUAUAAAGAGAUUUCCGUUGGAGCUUCAGUUUUAAAUUAUAAUUUCUUCGGUUGAUCUUUAUCGGCGAUUCGAAAAUUCAAGAGAAGACCAAUUGUUUCCGGAGACUCGCAGAACCAGGGGAGGCAUCAAAGCUGCAAUUCUCUGGAGAAACAUGGAUGAAUUGAUGAAGUUGGAUCCCAAGUUGCAUUUCGCAAAUUGG